AUGUUUGAUACGAGCGUGACACACAGUUGGAUAACAUCCGAUUUAUGUUCGCCAUUUUUAUAUCCGGCAUGUGCUACAAAAAGAAAAUAUAAUUCGUUACAAUCAUCCACUUAUAUUCCAAGUGGGAAAAAUUUUAUUAUAAAUGACGAUAAGGGUUUUAUUAAAGGAUUCGUAUCCAUCGAUAAAUUUCACGUGGGUCACGUGAACGCGACAAAUCAAACAUUUGUUGAAGGUGAAGAAAUAUCCGCAUUGCAUUUAAUGAAUAGCGAAAUUGAUGGAGUUGUCGGUUUGGGUUUCGGAUUUAACGAAGGAAAUAAAAUUUUUCCAUUUUUUUUAAAUUUAUUACGAAAUAAUCCGUCGUUUAAAGAAAUGUUUUCUUUUUAUUUUAACAGAGAUGAAACAACGUCAAAAGGAGGAACUCUACUAUUUGGAGACGUUAACGAUCAAUUGAAAUUUACAUACGUUACAGUAACAAAUAAAUAUAUAUGGGAAUUUAAAAUGGAUAAAAUAAUUCUUAAUAAUACGACGCCAUUUUCUAAAAGAUCUGUCGUUAUUUGUCCAAGAGGAUGUAGCGCGUUUCCCAAUACCGGUGACGUACUUAUUUACGGUCCAAAAAAAGACAUAAAACAAAUCAAUAGAUUUUUCGGAGCUCUUUUUAUACCUUAUUUAAACCGUUACGAAAUAUCCUGUAACAUAAUUCAUAAACUCCCGAAAAUAAUAUUCGUUAUAAAUGAUACAAAUUUUACGUUAUCCGGAAUUGAUUACAUAGAACAAAUGACUUUGGGUUCUGUCAGAGUUUGUUUGUCAGCUUUUUCAUCGUUCAGAAUUAAUUCAAAUUAUUCUGGUUGGGGAUUGGGAAUUUCAUUUUUAUCACGUUUUUAUUCGACGUACAACGUUGAGAAAAAACUCAUUGGAUUUUCACAAAAUUCACAUUAG